AUCUUGACACACAGAAUGACAGUAACAACAUAAACUUUCAUGUCUGUAAUGAACAGAAAUAUCCCAAAUGAACAAUAAAUUGUUACUUGAAUAGGGUUUUAGCAAACCCACCAACCACAAAACCUACUUGUUUGGUUUUUUGUGUCAUAUUCUGAAUCAACCUAUUCACCCUCUUGAAUCCCAUCCUAGCAGUGCGGACUCCUAAACAUGAAAGACAUUUACUCACUCAUCAUCUGUCUGCAUUUGUAACAGAUAACAUCUAAAUCAUGGCAUUCUUUUGGGGGGCCUAACGUUUUUUUUAUUACAAUAUGUAAGUACAGACAAGAACUUGCUGCUUUAGUUCAAAGUUUUAUUAGACAAAAAUAGGAUUCGGCUCAAAGCAAAACCCCUAGCAGCUUUGUAGUUGACAAAAAUCUUCGUAUUGCUCCAUCUCGCUGUGACUGUCACUGUCUGCACAUCUUCGGCUCAUAGUUUACAGUUUAUGGCUGUUAUCGCCUCCACAUGCCAUGUCAGCUUUAAAAGCGACACAAAAAAAGUUACUCAUUAAAAAUAACAACCCUGAUCAAAGUUCCUCCUCGGCUGCUUUCUUGACUGACAUGUUUACGCGGAACAGUCAGAGAAUCAUGCUUCUGUUCAACAUGGGGCCUGAAGCCAGAUUGAAGAAAAUUGCUGUUCUGAUCGGUGUUUUUGUCAUUUUAAAGGUGCAGGCUGCUCCGACAAUAACCGAUGAUGAAGCAGAUGCCGGUGAACUUGGAGAUGACAUUCUUGAAAUUAACAGAGGGUUGACACAUCUGUUUGAGGGAGACAUUGCUAUCAAUCCAAAAAGAAACGCCAUCCUUGAUGAAACAAGAAGAUGGAAGUUUCCCAUACCUUACAUCCUAACUGAUUCCUUAGAUCUGAACGCCAAGGGUGUAAUUCUUCAAGCGUUUGAGGAAUACCGCUUGAGAUCCUGCGUGGAUUUUAAACCCUAUGAGGGAGAAUCCACCUACAUCUCCUUCGUCAAGCUCUCUGGUUGCUGGUCUUACGUUGGAGACGACGGGACAGGCCAGAACGUGUCCAUUGGAGCCCGGUGUGACACCAAGGCUAUAGUGCAACACGAGCUUCUCCACGCGCUGGGCUUCUACCAUGAGCAGUCCCGUUCAGACCGAGAUGACUACGUCAACAUCUGGUGGGAUGAGAUUGAAGAAGGGAAGGGACACAAUUUCAACAAAUAUGAAGAUGACUUCAUCACAGAUCUGAACACACCGUACGAUUAUGAGUCCAUCAUGCACUACAGACCACUGUCCUUUAAUAAGAAUGAAAGCAUCCCCACAAUUACAACCACCAUACCGUACUUUAAUGAUGUCAUUGGUCAACGACUGGACUUCAGCGAAGUAGACAUCACCAGGCUCAACCGCAUGUAUGACUGUGCUGAGACACAUACUCUGUUGGAUCAGUGCUCUUUUGAGCUCAUAAACAUCUGUGGAAUGAUCCAGAAUGAGGACGACAGCACAGACUGGGUCCAGACGCUGAGCAGCCCAAUCGACGGGGAUCAUACUCUGGAGGGACGUUGUAGAGAUUCUGGCUACUUUAUGAAGUUUGACACUUCUUCCGGUGCAGUGGGCAGCAGUGCCCUGUUGGAGUCACGCAUCCUCUAUCCAAAGAGAAGUGAACAGUGUCUCCAGUUUUUCUACAAGAUGACUGGAGCAGCCGGAGACAAUCUGGUGAUCUGGAUCAGAAGUGAUGAUGGGACGGGAGCUGUGAACAUCAUCAGAAAGAUCCACACCAUCACAGGCGACGGCGAUGAUGCCUGGAAAAUCGCUCACGUGAAUCUUAAAAUGUCCAAAAAGUUCCGUUACAUCUUCCAAGGAAUCAGAGGAUCGGCUGGCUCCUCCGGCGCCAUCUUAAUCGAUGACAUCACUCUCACUGAGACCGUCUGUCCCAGUCUUGUCUGGCAAAUCCGCAAUUUCACUGGCGUUCUCGCCACAACUCCCGUCGGCACGCCUGUAAGGAGCAAAUGCGUUUAUAAUGCGGAGGGCUAUUCGUUCGGGGUCAGUGUCUACCCGAAUGGAAGAGAGAGCGAAUACCCGGAUUACAUCGGCGCUACGUUGCAUCUCUGCAGUGGGGAAAAUGACGGAGUGAUGCAGUGGCCAGCAGAAAACAGGCAGGCCACCAUUGUAGCGUUGGAUCAGGACCCAGAUGUUACACUGAGGAUGUCUUCCACAAGAAGCUUCACCUCAGACAAUAACACCCGCUGGGACAAGCCGACCGCCACGUCUGGUGCAGUCUGGGACGAGAGCUGCCGGUGCUACCGGGGUCAGGAUUACGGCUGGAGCACGUUCAUAUCCCACAACCAACUACAGCGGAGGAGCUUCCUCAAGAAUGAUGACCUCAUCAUAACUGCUGACUUCAAUGAUUUGACCCACCUGAUCAAGACUGAAGUACCAGUGGAGYGCUCCGUACAAGGCAGAGACCUCCCAGACGAGAAGGAAGGUCAUGAGGUGGAAAGGAAACAGGAAGCGCCAAAGCACAGGGAACCGCGCGCCGCCGACCCCUGCCACCCUAACUUUUGCCUGAACGGAGGCGUGUGUGUGGAGGAUGCAGGCAAAGCCUUGUGCAGGUGUGCAACAACCCAGGCCACCUUCUACUCUGGCCCGAGGUGUGAGGAGGUGAAAAUAGACAGAGGCAUCCUGGGUGCUCUCAUCGGCGGUGCGGCAGGAACUGUGGUUCUAACGCUGGCCAUCUUCGCUGUCAUCAGGAGGUCUCACACCAACCCGUUUUAAUCUUGUUUAGCACAAGAUCCCUUACAUUCUUGUGCUUGGACCAGUGAUGGAAUAUGGAAUAUGGAAAUGUUUUAUUUUAAAAAAAUGUACUCGUCCAUUCUUAGUAGAGACGGAAAACACUGAGAAUAAUGAUACAAAUAGAUAAUUUAGCAGAAGUAUUUUCAACACACUCAUUUGGUGUGCAACAGGUUAAAAAAGGGGAAUAAUUUCUGUUGCAGUCCAGGCUUUAAUCAACUAAAUUAAUUUAAUAAUAUUGUUUUAGUAGCACAUGUUGCCAUGGUAACAGAUUCAGCGAAUAAAAAUGUACAACGGUGCUUGAGUUGCUAAACAUCUUUAUUUCACUAUAACUUCUAAUACAUACAGAAAUAUACAAGUAUUGUUUACAGCUUGUAGUUCAUCAAACUAUGUUAACUUUUUUUUUAAAUAAACCGAUCACAAUCA